CGCGUGACACACAGUGAAACCGUCCAAUCGGCGGAUGCAGCACGUGGAACACGGAGAAUAUGUAAAAAGUCUAAUCCGGUGUAAAAGUCAUUUAACGUGAAACACCGGGAGCUACUGGCAAGCUCCACGAGCCACCAUUUCUGUAUUUAAAAAAAAGGUUUACGCUUCGUAAUUACACGUCACCUUUCGUCACUACCGCACCUGCGCAGUCGUCGUAUACAUUUGGCAAAGAACGGUCACAGAAAGGCAGAAAGAGAGAAAAUACACUAACCUAACCGGAGGAAGCGAUUUUAUGUCCGUAAGGAUUAAAGCUAUAAGAGCCGAUAGAAGCCGACUACAGCGGAGGAGUCAGAGCAGUGACGGGGACCGUAAACAACCGUCGAUGUGCCUCUGAUAUCCGGACAUACAAGUCAUCUUUUUUUCCUGAGUAGGAAGAGACGAGUCGCCGACAGACAAACAUCCAGACUGCAAGCAUGAAUCCCGAAUAUGACUAUCUGUUCAAGCUCCUGCUCAUUGGAGACUCUGGUGUAGGAAAGUCUUGUCUUCUACUGCGUUUUGCUGAUGACACCUACACAGAGAGCUACAUCAGCACCAUUGGAGUGGACUUUAAGAUUCGCACCAUCGAGCUGGAUGGCAAGACCAUCAAAUUGCAGAUUUGGGACACUGCAGGCCAGGAGAGGUUUCGUACUAUCACCUCCAGUUACUAUCGUGGAGCCCAUGGCAUCAUAGUUGUUUAUGAUGUGACCGACCAAGAGUCCUAUAACAAUGUCAAGCAGUGGCUUCAGGAAAUUGACCGAUAUGCCAGUGAAAAUGUCAAUAAACUUCUGGUGGGCAACAAGUGUGACUUGACGACUAAGAAAGUAGUGGACUACACAACUGCUAAGGAGUUUGCUGACUCUUUGGUGAUCCCCUUUCUGGAGACCAGUGCCAAGAAUGCCACAAACGUAGAGCAGGCUUUCAUGACCAUGGCAGCCGAGAUCAAGAAACGCAUGGGCCCUGGGGCCACAGCCGGCGGGGACAAGCCCAACUUAAAAAUCGAUAGCACCCCCGUCAGGCAGUCUGGAGGGGGCUGCUGUUAAAGGACCUACAACCAUCUCAGUGAUUUCUCUACUCUGUUCCCUCCCAUCACCCGUAGAACUCACACCCCACCAUAUAGCCCACUCCCACUCCCGACUUUCCCCCUGUGACCUGCUCGGACAGAGGUCUAAACUGCAAAGUCAGAUUGAAUCUGUAUGAGGGUUAAUUCAGACCUGUUUGAUUAGACAGAGAGGAAAGCAACCAGGAAACACACUGAGACCAUUUUAUCUUUUGCCGUGGAGGCAGAAGGAAAUGAGAGAUUAGCAUUAAUUUAAAAUGACAUGGAGAUAAAAGAUUAGGUUCAAAUUCAAGUGAGGUUAUUGCUACGAAACACACACACACAGUAGUGAUGGCACGAGUUACAAAAAUUAAAGCCAUUUGGCCAAAUGCAUUUGUC